AUGCAGCUCCCCCGCAUCUUUCCACUCAUCCUUCUGUUGGUUGUUGGAAUAGUUCUGUCUGGUCCAUCUACACCCAUCAGGAGCAGAGUGAGACGUCAAAAUAUGAAAGUGCGCAUCAACGCCACCGGAGACACCAUCGUCAUGAAGUUCUUGCGGCCGAGUCCUGACACCAAACUUGAAGGUUACAUCCUCGGCUACGGCAGCAGCAUGUUCUCCAAACAGUUCAUUCAGCUGCCCGAGAAUGGAAAGCCGUACGAGACAGAGUUUGACGCGGAGCCUAAAUAUCUUAUUGCUGUCCAGCCCAUUCCUGUCAAUGAUGUGAAAAAGCAAUGCACAGGUAAAGUUGAAUUGGAAAAGCCGCUUCAUUUGGUCAUUGGUUCGGUGACUCCUACAUCGGUGCUGCUGUCCUGGGGCACUCUGCUGAAAACCCCCUACGAGACCAAUAUCAUGAAUGACUGUCUGGAGGAUGGGCACUACACAGUCCGAUAUCGUGAGAGGAACAGGAAGUGGAAUUAUCAGACUUGUCCCACGAGUGAUACGGUCAUUGACAACCUCAAGCCCAACACCAUGUAUGAGUUUGGUGUCCAGCCCAACACUAAAGAAGGCAAUGGACACUGGAGCAAACCUGUCGUCCACAACAACAAUGGGGGAUCUGAUGACAAGGGCCUCGUCAGAAAACGACCCAUAAACCCAUUGAAAACGUUCCCUGGCCAGCACUCCCUCCCCUUCACUCCACGUCACGUCUCACAUAACAGGACCCAGGGCAGACCGACCCUCUUCAAGAAGCUAGCUCCAAAGACCACUCUUGGAAAAGAAGACGUCAUCAGUUUUAUGUUGCCUCGUCAACCAGUGAUUAAUGUGCAAGAACCUUUCCCCAAACUUUCCCUACCAACCAAGAUUCAACCACACGUACCAAAAAAUCAGUCUGCCACCCAAAGUCGUUACUUCAAACCUUCUCCUAUCCAUAAACCUAAGACCAAAUCCACCCUACAGCCUGUUUAUCUAUCUCCCCCCCUUACUCCAUCAUUCACAAUCAAGCCUCCAGCUGCAAUCGCUCAUUCCACAUCAAACCCCAAAGGUCUGACAGCAACACCUAAGUCCUCGGCUGCAGCAAAGACCAGUGUCCAGUCUGAGACCAAAACUACAGUUAUAACAAAGACUCCACACAAAUCCAAGGUCCUGUCCAAAGGCCCAGCACAUCGCAGGAAUCUGUCAAAACCCCAACUACUUCCAAGGCGUCAGCCUCAGGCCAGCUCUCACCCUGCUACCCCUAAGCUUGCUCGUCCCACUGUUCCUAGUGCUCCCGAAGCGGGCAAGCCUCUGCAGACCCCUGCCCUGGCCACAGAGAAGGCCAGUAGUAGCCACCGGGGUACUGGCAGCCGUAGACCAUCCACUGGUGCUGGCCCUCAUUCUUCCACUAGCUCAUCCACAGUUCCACCAGUAGAAAAAAAGCCUGCGUCUCAUGGUCGUGUUGCACCAGACUCCUCUCGCACUGCUGGUGGGGUGCACCAUAGGGGCAAUGCGUUCCCUAAACCUGCCGUGUGGCCCAAAGAGAAACCUGCAAUUCUUCAGCCUGUUCCAGACAACAAGAAAACAAACCUGGUUGGGAAGCCUAGUGACCAUGAUAAACCCAUGGACUUGAAGCAAGGAGACAAGGAAUCAAUCUUGAAGCCAUUCCCUUUGGUUACAGCCAAGCCGAAGAUAGAGCGUCGGCAACAUACCACUUCGACCCCCGCAGUAAACAACAGUCGCUUUGACGUAAGUGAGAAUUCGUCUAUAUUCAGACCUCUACCUGCAUCAGAUCUUGACAUAAUGGGCAAAAAGCGGUUUGUUGCUCCUCAUGUGAUCUACAAGACGGACAAAAAACCAGAUGAACCCUGCUCCAUCACAUCCUCUAUGGCUUAUUUCCCAGACGAGGAAGGAAAUGACAUCAGUGUCACUGGGCCGCCCAAAGCUCCACCUUCAAACGUCACUGUGGUUACGGUGGAGGGCUGUCCUUCUUUUGUUAUCCUAGACUGGCAAAAGUCUGAUAAUGAAACACGAGAGUAUGAAGUUGUAUCAACCACUAAAGGCCCUCAUGGAGAAGAGACCUCAGUGUUAACAACCAACCAGACACAUACAGCAGUGGAGAAUUUAAAGCCAGAGAGCAGUUAUGAGUUCAAAGUAACACCAAAGAAUGAACUGGGAACGGGACCAUCCAGUGACCCUGUGUCUUUUAGCACAGAAUCAGCGGACCCACGUGUCAGUGAAUAUGUAGCAGGCAAAGAUGCUAUUUGGACUCAAUUUCCAUUUAAAGCUGAUGCACACUCAGAAUGCAAUGGAAAACAAUACGUCAAGAGAACUUGGUACAGGAAGUUUGUGGGAAUCCAACUCUGCAACUCUUUGAGAUACAAGAUCUAUCUAAGUGACUCGCUAAACGGGAAAUUUUACAACAUUGGUGACCAGACUGGAUUUGGUGAGGACCAUUGUCAGUUUGUGGACUCCUUUCUGGAUGGACGAACAGGAACACAAUUGUUUGCUGAUGAGCUACCAAACCGCCAAGGUUUCUUUCGAGCUUUGCGUCAGGAGCCAGUUCAUUUUGGAGAGAUUGGAGGAAAGUCUCACAUCACUUACGUGGGCUGGUACGAGUGCGGCGGUGAGCCUCAACACAAACAGGGCAUCGAGGCUUCCCCCAAUAACGGCCUCUGA